AUGUGGGGUUUCUUGGCAGGGUUAGGGGGUGCUGAGGCCCAGCAGACCACUCUACACCCACUUGUGGGCCGUUUCUUUGUGCAUACCCUGGACCCUGCCACCUUCCUGCGCCUUCCGGAGCACGUUGCCGUCCCACCCACCGUGCGAAUCACCUACCAUGCCCACCUCCAGGGACAUCCUGACCUGCCCCGUUGGCUCCGCUACACCCAGCGCAGCCCCUACAAUCCUGGCUUCCUCUACGGCACCGCCACCCCAGAAGAUCGGGGGCACCAAGUCAUAGAGGUCACAGCCUAUAAUCGGGACAGCUUCAACACCACUAGGCAGAGGCUGGUGCUGAUAAUUGGUGACCCAGAAGGUCCCCGGCUCCCCUACCACGCGGAGUUCCUGGUGCGCAGCCAUGACGUGGAAGAGCUCCUGCCCUCCACACCUGCCAGCCGCUUCCUCACAGCCCUGGGCGGGCUCUGGGAGCCAGGGCAGCUCCAGCUGCUCAACGUCACUUCAGCCCUGGACCGUGGGGGCCGGGUCCCUCUUCCUAUCGAGGGCCGUAAGGAAGGGGUGUACAUCAAGGUGGGCUCUGCCUCACCCUUCUCUACCUGCCUGAAGAUGGUGGCGUCCCCCGAUAGCCAGGCCCGCUGUGCCCAGGGCCAGCCUCCACUUCUGUCUUGCUAUGACACCUUAGCACCCUACUUCCGUGUUGACUGGUGCAACGUGUCCCUGGUAGAUAUAUCAGUACCAGAGCCCCCAGAGGUGCCGCCCACCCUAGGCGACGGGAUCUUGGAGUAUGACCCGUUCUUCUGCCCACCCAUGGAGGCCACAGAUCGAGACUUUCUGACAGAUGCCCUGGUCACCCUCCUGGUGCCUCUGCUGGUGGCCCUGCUGCUCACUUUGCUGCUGGCCUACAUCAUGUGCUGCCGGCGUGAAGGACGGCUGAAGAGAGACCAGGCCACCUCUGACAUCCAGAUGAUCCACCACUUCACCAUUCAUGGGAACACGGAAGAGCUGAGGCAGAUGGCGGCCAGCCGUGAGGUUCCCCGGCCUCUUUCCACCCUGCCCAUGUUCAAUGUGCGCACGGGCGAGCGGCUGCCUCCCCGCGUGGACAGUGCCCAGGUGCCCCUCAUCCUGGACCAGCACUGAUGUCCCUGCCAGCCCAGGCCUCUCCCUCCAGACAGCCGCUGGCCUGCCAGUCCUGGCCUCUCCUUUCAGACAAUACUGACCUGUAGAUUCUGGCUCCUGGACCACUUGAACCUCAGACACUG